CUGAGCGCGCGCGGCACUGUGCAGCGGACGGAGACGCUCCAUGAGAGGACGCAUCUCUCGCGAGGAACGACGCCGUUAUCGGAAUCCCUACAAACAACACGAGAAUUCAUCAUUCACACGUGAACAAUGUCUGAACAAGAACUGGAUGAAAUUGUGCAAAUAACAGUGGAAGACUUCAAUGAGGAUGACCGUGUUGACGUGCUUGACAACCGUGAAGACGAUGAAGAGCGGACUCAAAAGAAAAAGAGAAAAUUAAACAACAGUCAGGAGAAUACCAACAGCAAUCAAGACAUAUCUGUCAUUAAGAACAUGUUGAUUUCAUUCACUGGAACAAUCAGCCACCGACUGGAGGGGAUUGAAUCAAAAAUACUGGCUCUGGAUGCAACCUGCAAAGCCCUUGGACGCAAACUGGACAGCAUGGUGCCGUGUGCCAAGAGCCCCAUCCAGGUUCCCAUGGUAGCAGGAUCACCUCAGGGGGCCACUCAAACCUGGAACAAAGUGCGAUGUGUUGUCCCUCAGACAAAUGUAAUAGUCAGCAAUGAACACCCAAAAGGAACAAAUCAGGAGGACAGUCCACUGGAGAACCUGCUCAGCAACACGCUGACCAAAAAGCGACAGAACACAAUACUGGUUAAGGUGCCAGGCCCCGAAGAGAGUCACGAGGAGCAGGAUAGCGGCUCCGAGGCCAGUGACUCUGUUUCUAAUGGCGGUCAGUCGGGCAAUGCACAAAAUGGCCAAAAUAUCACUCUCAUCACUCUCAAUUCAGAAGAGGAUUAUCCAAGUGGCACCUGGCUGGGAGAUGAGAACAAUGCAGAGCUGCGAGUGCGCUGUCCAGUGUCUCCAGCAGACAUGCUUCAUAUCACCACAAACUGUCGGACUGCAGAAAAAAUGGCCCUGACACUGUUGGACUACCUGUUUCACCGGGAAGUCCAGGCCAUGUCCAACCUCUCAGGGCAGGGCAAACAUGGGAAGAAGCAGCUGGACCCCCUCAUGAUCUAUGGAAUUCGCUGCCAUUUGUUUCACAAAUUUGGCAUCUCGGAGUCAGACUGGUACCGCAUCAAACAAAGCAUCGACUCCAAGUGUCGCACAGCGUGGAGACGUAAGCAGCGCGGUCAGAGCCUGGCCGUCAAGAGCUUCUCCAAACGCACACCGCGGAGCAACGCUGCAGAGGAAGGCAUGGCAGAGGAAACGGCUCACAUUGAGGCGGCCACCCAGCAGACCUUGCACUACACACUGGCUAAUCAGCAGGUCCAGUUCCAUCGGAUUGGCGAAGAUGGACAAGUUCAGGUGAUUCCACAGGGACAGCUGCAUAUCGCUCAAGUGCCACAAGGAGAGGAGGUGCAGAUUACACAGGACAGUGAGGGAAACCUCCAGAUUCACCAGGUGCAUGUUGGUCAGGAUGGGCAGGUGCUGCGCGGAGCUCAGUUGAUAGCAGUGGCGUCGGCUGACGGAGCGGCCACGGCAGUCGAGGGCUCGCCGCUCCCCCCUGACAUCCAAGUGCAGUACGUCCAUCUGGCUCCGGUCGCAGAUCCCACGGCUGCCGUACAGGCUGCCGAGUUGACGCCAGCCCUGCAUGCCGACAUGGAGGUGAAGGAGGCCAUCCAAGGCGCCAUCCACAGUGAAAAUGGCGAGGUUGUCCAGAUCGUAACCUCUGUGGCCACCUGAGAGCUCAUCCGGUCCGGCCGGCACAGACCAGAACUCUGCCCUCCGACACGGUCAGACGGGUCUCCGAGGAACACCCGAGGUCAACCAAUACUGCAGUCUGACAAGCAAUCAAGUUACAAAGUCUUAUCCCAAACACUGAAGGUCACUGAUGAAACAGAUGGAAGAAGUUUUUUUUUCUUUUUCUUUUUCUUUUUUUCCUGUUUGCUCUAGCAAACUCUUCAAUUCAUUGCCAACCAGAUGUUGCAGUGUGGAAACGUUCACAGGGAACUUGAAAAGCCCACGUCGCUCCAAAAUCAACUGUGGUCCUUCUGGUGUUUUCCUCAGCAGAAGGACCUGGCCCGCCGCAGCAUACACACUGGGAUUACUGUCUGUCCAGGGCGGGGGGGGGGCAGGGUUUGCUGCUUAUGCAGACCGUCACUCUGCCACUUCAUCGGCACAGAACGUUUGUUUACAUCAGCUUUUGAAAAAUAGCGGAGUUAUUUGGACUCAAACUGCCUCUAAAACCCAGAAACCCCCUGUGAGAGUUUGCAGAAGCCCCUCAGAUAACUAGCACUGUGCUCCCGUUCCCAUCAUUUCGUGUCACUGUGGGCUGCAGUGGGCAGCAGAAUUAGUUCAGUUCCUCACAGACCUGAUUAAGCUGAAUUGUGUUACUCGCCGCGAUUCAAUUAUGAGUUACAGCUAUGUCUCCCAGCUGUGGGUCUCGUCUCGCUUUACUCUGCUGAGCUUGUUUCCAUAUUGUUUCAGUCGCACAGCCUUUGUUUGUUUGUUUUGUUUUGAUUUAUUUAAUUGUAACAUGCUAAAAUCUGCGGGAAGCUUUCAUUUUAGAGGUAGAAGACCAUAAAAUUGAAGAGAUGGUGCCAGUGGACGGCUGUACGAGUGUCUUGUAUUCUGCCAGAGGAGCCCCGAAGUUGUUUAUUUCCCCCAGUUUUGUCUCAGAUAGAUUCAUAUGAAUAAAACAUGUCUGUGGUUACCAUGAAAUGCUGCUUUUAUUUGGGUUUCUUUGUGUAUAUUUACUCUUCAUUUCUGUCAUAUGUGGCCAUAAAGCGGCUGUUUUCGUCCACAGCUUCAGUUUCAUUUGCUACAAAUUAGUGUUGGUUUGAGGUUUUCUUUCACAUUAACAAAAUUGUUACGAUGCAAAAUUUAAUUUGAAUUUGAAGAACCAUACAGUUCAGCUACUGUAUCAUAAAUGAUCUUGUUUAAACUGUAAGUACCAUGUUGUUGCUAUUUGAGUUGAAGUGCAGUUGCAUGUCUUAAAAAAAAGAAAAACUUCUUUUUGUAACAACUGUCAAACUUUAUUUCUUUGAAGACCCCAGGAAAUUAAAAAUGAGUUUUUUUCUGGUGUUUAAUUUCUUUCAUGAGCUUGUUUAUUUAUCUAUUGACCUUUGUGUAAUCGAUGUCCAAAUUAUUAUUAUUGGAAUAUUUUAGCAAGCAUUAAAUUAGUUU